AUGGCGACGCACAGGCGCAGCAUCGUUGCUAACAGUGGUGGUACUAGCACCGGCAGCAUAUUGUCGCUGCCUUUUCGGCGAUCGACGCAGCUAUCUCUCGCCUCCGUCAUCCGGCAGUACAUCAACAGCAAGUAUGACCAGCAUCCAGACAUGUUCAAACAGGACCUCGAGGUCAUUGAUGCGCUGCGCCAAGAUGCCAUCAAUGUUCGCGAGCCACAUCCAAGCGGCAUCAAGAAGCUCCAAGCUUAUGCAGGACAAUUGGCUUGGAUAUCAGGAAAAUUUCCAAUCGAUAUUGGUGCGGAAUUCACCUGGUAUCCCGCCCUAGGGUACAACACGGAGCGGCCCAUGGUGCGAAACAACAUCAAGUACGAGCUCCUCAACGUCCUUUACAACUUGGCAGCCUUGUACUCGCAGCUCGCGGUCAACACGUCCCGAGGGACGGCCGAAGGCAUCAAGACCGCCGCCAACCAGUUUUCGCUCGCCGCUGGAGUGCUUUCUCACAUGAAGAAAGAAGUCGUGCCCUUGCUUCGCAUGUACGACCCCCCCGAGGACAUGGAUGAACACACCUUGGAGUCCCUGAUGCAGUUAUUUCUUGCACAGAGCCAAGAGUGCUUUUGGCAGAAAGCUGUUGUCGAUGGGUACAAGGAUGCAUCAAUAGCAAAGCUAGCUGCUAGAGUAUCCGACCUGUAUAAUUUGGCCGGCGAGGCAGCCAUGAAGAGCGAAGCCAUAAGCAGCGCCUGGAUUCACCACAUGACUGCAAAGCACCACCAUUUUGCAGCAGCAGCGCAGUACCGUGCUGCGUGUGACUGCCUUGAAAAGAGGAGGUAUGGCGAGGAGGUUGCUAGACUAACAGACGCAGUUGCGUGCGUGACGGAAGGUCUUAAGGAGACCAAAGGCGGCUAUCUCAACAAGACUGUUGUCGACGACCUGAACGGGCUCAAGAGAAAGGUGGAGGAGGACCUUAAGCGAGCCGAAAAGGACAAUGACAUGAUUUUCUUGAAUCCCGUCCCUCCGAAAUCAGAGCUCAAGACGCUGGAGAGAGCCAACAUGGCGGUUGCUCGUGUGCCGCCUCAAGUGGCGAACCCAUUUGACUUCCUUGGCGACCGAGCAGAGUUCGGCCCUGCGUUGUUUUCAAGGCUGGUGCCCUUUUCCGUUCAUGUCGCCAUCUCCAUAUACGAAGAGCGUCGCGAUCGGAUGGUCAACCAAAACAUCAUCCAGGACCUGGAAGGUCUCAACGACAAAAUCCACUCCUUGUUCAGCGCCAUUGGCCUCCCUGGCUCGCUCCAGGCGUUGGAGAAGCCUCUUGGCUUACCCCCAAGUCUAGUACAGCAUGCGGAGGAAUUGAGACAAGCAGACGCGAUAGGUCGACUCCGAAAGAGCUUUACGGAUAUUGAUAAGCUACGGGCUGCAGAUAUCGCCAUCUUCGAGGAAGGGACGUCGGCCCUGGCGGCUGAACGGGAAGAGGACCAGAAGGCGAGGAGGAAGUAUGGCACCGAUCGGUGGACGCGACCCGAGAGCCAGAGCGACGCCCAGGGCGGAAAGUUGUGGGGACAUGCCGACGAAAUUGAAGGAUAUUUUGCGAGCAGCGCCAGCAGCGAUGGUGUCGUGCGAGAAAAGUUCACUGCCAACGAGGAGCUGCUACAUGUUUUGUGCGGAUCGGACAGGGGCCUGAUGGAUUUCGUGCCGUCAAGCUCUCAACGGGACACGAAUCCUGAGCUCAAGGCAUCUGUCGGCAAACUGCGAAGCGCGUACAACGAUAUCCUACGACUGGAAAGCAGAAGAAGAAAAAAGGUUGAGACACUGCGAGAAAAUGCGCGCAAAGACGACAUCAAGCCGGAUAUCCUGAAAGAAGCUGCCAGGUUGGAGAGAACGUACCCCUCGACUGCGAUUGUUCCGGCUCACUUUGAAGACUUUUUCGAAAAGCGUCUGGAUCGUUUAUAUGAGCCAGAGCUGGACGCCCUGGAUAAAGAAUCGCUCGAACAGGACAGACUAUUGAAAGAAGUGGAACGGGCAAACGCAGAAUUCGAGUCCCAGAAACGCAGAUGUGGAGACCGAGGCUCUCGAGAGCGAGAACAGGCGCUGCAGAAGCUGGACAGUGCAUAUUUCAAGUACAAGGAAAUCAUCAACAACCUGGAAGUGGGCAGGAAAUUUUACAAUGACCUCAACAAGAUUGUUGGACAGGGCUUUCGAGAUGUUGUCAAGGGCUGGGUGGCACAGCGGCGUAUGGAGGCCAGGGUGCUGGAAGAAGAACUGAGCAUGCCGCCACUUUCAACACUCAACUUGUCGCGCGACCACGCCCCUCUGCAAGGUGCUUCCACAACACAGUAUCAAGCAGCGCAGCCGGCUUACUUUGCGCCCGAGCCGGUUGCGCAGCACCAUCAAACAUCGCCCCAAAGACAAAAUGACCAUGCAGCAGGGCAGUCGACACCCAACCCGGUCGAAGCCUCCAUACAGUCUUGGGCUGGUGAAGCGGUACGGCAGCCACAGCCGGUGGCACCGCAGACAACGAAUCCAAUGACGACAAUGUGGAAUCCAGCCAUGGGGAUCAAGUUUGGCGGUGGUGGUCCGCCGGCACCGAGGACUGAUGGUGGGCAACAGCCAGGCGGUGGAUCAGCAACAACUUGGAAUCCCGCGUCGGGAAUCAAGUUUGGCUGA